UUUUUUUUUCUUUUCUUUUUUUUUCUUUUCUUAAUUCAACAAUAAAUAAAUCAAAAUCAUGACACAAGCAAUUAUUUCAGUUCUUUCUGGCAAUGCAUCCUUUUGCUUGCCUAUCAAUCAAAGCAAUAACACAACCGAUGCCUUAAAGCAACAGAUUUACACUCUUACAAGUAUUCCAGUGAAUGAUCAAGUGCUGAGUACGAUGGGUGGUCACAUUUUACAAUCACAAGAAAGUUUUCCAUCCGAUGACAUUCUCUACUUUAAUGUUUCUGGUCGACUUUUAGGUGGUAAAGGCGGGUUUGGAUCGAUGCUUCGUGCACAAGGUGGUCGUAUGAAUGCUCAAAAGACUACUAAUUUCGAAGCUUGUCGUGAUUUACAGGGACGCCGAAUCAGAACCGUCAAUGAUGCCAAAAAACUCCAAGAGGAACUAGACGCUAUUCCUGAACGUGAGGCAGAGAAACGAGAAAAACUAAAGCGAAAGAUUGAUGAAGCUUUGAAGGAAAGAGAACCCACUAAGCAUUUAUUUGAUGAUAACCAGUUUUUGGAAGAUAAAGAAGAGGUUGUGGAAAGCGUGAAAUCAGCUGUCGUCGAUGCGAUUAAGCGUCAAAAAGUGUCACACAAGCCUUCAGCCACGACUUCGGCCAGUGUAUUUGACGAUGAUUUGUCAUCCGAGGAUGACGAAGAUGACGAGGAAGAAGAAGAGGAAGAAGUGAAGGAAGAGGAAGAGGAAGAGGAAGAGGAAGAAGAGGUGAUUAGUGCAAAAGGGAAGGGUAAAGGAAAGGGAAAGGCUAGAGCUUCUCGUUAAUAAAAAGAUUGUCUGUCUUUAUCCAUGGUUCUAGUGUAAACACUGAUCUGAUAAU